AUGGCGGAUUGUGCUCUCUCGCAGCCUGGAUGGUGUGGAGCACAAAGAAUUAGGGAUUCGAUUCAGUCGAAAAAAGGUAGUAGAUCUUCUUGGAUUUGGGCAAGUCUGUGGGAGGCCAAGAAGGUUAUCAACAUGGGAGCAAUUAGAGUUAUUGACUCGGGAGAGGACACUUGGAUUGGUCAAGAUCCAUGGAUUCCAAACCUCCAAAACUUUGUCAUUGGAAGUGGGCCCCAGCAAAACCUGAAGGUAAAGGAAUGGAUUGACCCUGUCAGCAGGAACUGGAACGUUGAUAUGCUGCAAGGUAACGUGACGAGAGAGGAAGAGGAGGCUAUUCUUAAAGUCCCAAUUGGGGAGGAGGGAUCCGAGGAUUUAUGGGCGUGGAGUCUCACCCGAGAGGGAGAGUUCUCGGUCAGGACAGCCUACCACGCUGUUCACAAAGCCAAUACAAAUUUCCAAUCGAAUGGUAGUGAAGAGAAGUGGAAAUGGAUCUGGGGACUGAAUAUCCCACCAAAACUUAAAUUCUUUAUAUGGAGAUGCUCCAGAGACGGGUUAGCAACGAGAGCAAGACUAUUUCAACGCAAAUGUGCUCCCAAUCCGAGUUGCCAGGUGUGUCAUAACCCUAUUGAAUCCCUCAACCACUGCCUCUUCUACUGCCCGCAUGCCAGUGAAGCUUGGACUAGCUCUUUCCCAUCCCUUCCGAUUCCUCCGCCGGGCACCUCUUUUUUUGAUUGGUUCUGCUCCCUCCAAGAUACCAUCCCCCAAAACUACCUAAUUCAUAUUAUCUACCUUUGUUGGAACAUCUGGAAGGCAAGGAAUGAAUGCACGUUCAAGAAUCGAAUACCCUGGCCCCCAAACGUUUGUCUGCAAACCUAUAGAGAGCUUACGGAAUGGAUUGCUUGCCCGAGGCCCCCACCUCAAGGUUCUGAUGGACCCACUCAGCUCAGGGGAUCCCAUCCUUCUACGAAUCCACCGCCAAGUAGUCACUCGAUUGUGAUUCAAUGUGAUGGGUCGUUCUUUAGCGACCCCCAGUCGGCGGCAUAUGGUGUUGUUGUUGUUAACCACCAUGGACAAGUGAGCGAUGGGAGAGCUGAAAAUAUCCUUUGUUCCACCCCGAUGGAAGCGGAAGCUAAGGCACUUUUGGAAGGAAUUAAAUUAGCACAAGAAUAUGGAUCGGUGUGUACAGUUCAAUCAGACUGUCAAAUGCUGGUGAAGGCCCUGAAUCAUAAUCAGUCUCGGUGGCCCUGGAGAUGCCCAGCCUGGAUUAGAACAAUGGUCAAUAUCCUGAGGAAUAACCCAGCUAUUUCGGUGGAAGAGGUUCCGAGGGCUUUGAACGUCAGAGCUGAUUGGGUUGCACGAUCAAAAGCUAAAUCUAAUCUGCCAGAUGACUGGAUUAAUAUUCUUGAUCUAAUUUCUGUUCUCCUCUAG